AUGUCUUUUCAAAAGGGUCAACGAAAAGUUGGUACAGCAUCGGAACUACCGUUAGCACGACGGGCGCAGCUAGCCGUGGUGGCACAUGUACGCCAUCUCUACACUGACUAUGACCGUCUUCUCAAACAGGGGUCAUUUCACGAAGCAAGAUCCUCUGUCGAACAGCCUACCUUGGCCAAAGUUGUUGCAUGGCGCGGUGAUGACGAGAACGGUCAAACUGUAUUAGAAGAUGUUUUCCGGGAAGUCAUCGUUAUCUCAGAUGACGAGGACAGUGACCUUGAAAAUGAAACAGCCAAUACCACUGUUAAUGCGGAGCUUCUGUCAUCCAACAGAGCCGAAACCUAUGAAGUACAGACUCAGCCGAUCAGGGCCGAGAGCGUGUCCAUUCAUGAUCCCUCCCUGGAACUUCUCGAGGAAGCACCACCUGGAUUCCGUGUCAUUACCCAAGUGCCCGCUAAGACAACCAUGGACCGUCGUGGAUUCAGCAGAUACCAAGCUUGGAACCGUGCGCUGACUCGAUACCGAGCUGAAGCUCAACGUACUGAGCAGCCACAACCCGGCGAAGCUUCUACUGAACGACAAAGCCCACGCUACACUCAACGACCCGCUGUGGUUCAAGAGAGUUUGGAGAUUACCAGGCGCAGGGAGCCCCCUGCUCAACCCGUCGAAUCCAGUUCUAGAGUCGUGUCGGGAUCUGUAUAUACUGAAAUCCCACCCCAAAGACCGUUGCAAGCCAAGAAUUACGUAGGUAGUACUGAAAGGCGGGUUCGAUUGGAAACCCAACGCUCAAAUCCGCAUUUUGAGACCAAUGGAUGGCCUCAUGCACUAACUACGCAGAAACCAUUCGAGGCUCAUAAGUUGGAGACCAGUCCUCGCUGGGCCAUCAGGUCUACUUACCCCCAAGGUAAAAUCCCGUUACACAUGGAUUCAACUCGAUCGGACAGACUCCCCACAUCACCAAAUGACAGGACCAAUGCGCCUGUUUUUGUGAGUGGGCCGAAGGAAUUGCAAAUCAGCCAUGAUGUCCAGCUUGGAUCCAAGCCUGAAUUUCCAGUGCGUCCUCAAAUGAGGUCCGAUGUAUAUUCCCAGGAUCAUGUUCUUCCCUCCAUUGAAGCCCCUUGGCCAUCCGAAAAACGGCGGACAGACGCUCGUUUAGAACAGAUGACGAAAAGAAUGUCGCUCCGUUCUGUAACCCCAGUCCACCACUUAGGAGAUAACCAUGGAAGUGGUUCUGGACCUGGCAGUCCAGAUGAUCAAAAUUCCAAGAGAAGAAGAUUGGCUUAUCACAAUGCUCCUCAGCUUGGUAACCAUUCUGAUUCCCGAGAUACAAGACCCAUUGGGAUAUCCACUUCUGAUGAACAAGGCCCUAGAGUACAAUACCGUGGCGAUGAGCUCGGACCCGAGCAUCGUUCGCAGGAUAUGCAAUAUCGCCCUCGGGACCACCUUAACUUGACGGAGAAACCUCCUCUAGGACCUCAACGUGAAAGGCCAUCCGGCACAUUUGCUCCACAGGCCAAUCCAACUGGAAGGUGGGAAAUGGAACGCACGCGCACCGUUGAUCCACCUCUGGGGCAUAUUCCGAGGCAUAACUUUCAGCCCUCUUCUGGACCCGGUGGCACAAUUCUCAAUGGUGAUCGUUCACCCAGGACCACUCUAGAUGCUUCUCGCCCCGGGAUUCGCUCGUACUAUGGUGAUCGUAGCCCCCGCAUGGAUCAUGUUCCUCAUUCAAUGGCCGAGCAAACCCGCCUGCCCACUUGGAAUCCCCGUACUGAUGGCCACCGCGCCCUUAUCUAUGAUGCUCCUCCAGGGAAGCAAUACGCCGAUGGCUUUGUCCGCUCCGUUGACAUCCGCGAGGCCCGACCGGCCGAGUACUAUGUUGAGAACCCACGCCACCAGCCCAGCCGGACAAGUGGAAACAUCAUUCAGCCUAGUAGGGCCAGGAUCCCAGACCAACUGAUUGUCAUGGAUGUGUUACAGCCUCGGGCCGUUUCAGAGCAACGCCAGCUACCCAACUCCCGAGUGGCACCCCCUUCUCACCACCAGACGUCUCACUUUACAGAGACAACCCUUGGGGGCCGCCAAUUUCACAGGCGUGUUCCUACCACUCGAGAACGACGCCCUGGUAGCGGUCUCAGCAACACACGGCGCACCCAUGAUCCCCGAGCAUUCCAAAUGGCAGAACAAAAUCGCCCGAUCUAUGUGCAGCGAGUUGAAUCACAACCGCCCCAGCAUAAUAUGUCUGACGAGAGACCGGUCAUUCUGGUGGAUUGA